UUUCCUUGUCAUUUUGCUGUGAUCGUGGGUCUGGUUUGCGGUGCUUGCCCAGCCCUCCUGACGGUGUGGCUUUAGGGGGAUCGGAUGGUCUUUGCAUUUUGAUUAAAGCCCAAAUACCUUCAGUCUGAAGGCAGGGCACAGGGAAGGGAAGAUCGGAGGGGCCUGGAGUGGCUGUGCGAAGAAAAAACAUUGCUUUUCACUUAUGGCUUUGUAGAACAGAUAAAUCACAUUUGGGAUUGUGGAAGGGACUGAAAUUCGUAUAAGUUGAAGCCGCCCCGUUUUGUUCACAGUUGUGGGCGCCGAUCAUGGAGAUGCAAAGGUGGUCCACAAGGUGGAAAACGAAAAGGUGGCUGUUGGACUCCACUUUAACCACAUUCAUCACUUUUACUUUCGUUCUGCUGGCUGCAAAUGUCAGAGCAGCUGAUCCAGUUGAUGUGCUUAAAGUAUUAGAAUUUCAUAAUAGCCCCGAAGGAGUAAGGAAAACAUCAGGGUUCUGCACAAAUAGAAGAGACUCACAACCAGACACAGCCUACAGUGUCGGAAAACAAGCACAAAUCAGUGCCCCAACAAAGCAGCUAUUUCCAGGAGGAGUGUUCCCUGAAGAUUUCUCUAUCCUAACAACAAUUAGGCCCAAGGCUGGGUUACAAUCCUUCUUACUGUCAGUGUACAAUGAGCAAGGAAUUCAGCAGCUCGGAGUAGAAGUGGGAAGAUCCCCAGUGUUCUUGUACGAGGAUCAAUUCGGCAAACCUGCCCCUGAGGAUUAUCCUUUGUUCAGGACUUUAAAUCUGGCUGAUGGAAAGUGGCAUCGAGUAGCUAUCAGCGUUCAUAAGAAAUCUGUAACCUUCAUUGUUGACUGUAAAAAGAAAAUCACAAAACAACUCGGCAGAAGUGACCAUGCAGUCAUUAACACAGAAGGCAUCACUGUUUUCGGUACCAGGAUUCUCGAUGAAGAAGUCUUUGAGGGUGACAUCCAACAGCUGCUGAUUGUGGCUGAUCCCAGAGCAGCUUAUGACUACUGUGAACACUACAGCCCAGACUGUGAAACUCCUCAUCCCAAUGCUCCCCAGGCUCAGGAACCCCAGGUGGAGGAAGAGAAAAAGAAACCAAAUUCCUUCAGCAAAAAGAAGAGAACGGCAAAGCCCAAUAAAACUAAGGACAAACCCCUAAAGGUCACAACCAAAAAAUCUGAAAAAUUAGCCGCUAAGAAGAAGAAAGUGAUGCCUGCAACCCCAGCAAGAUCAUCAGUCAUACUAGGGCUAAACAAUGUAGAUGAAGAUUACUAUACACCUGACAAUGACUUCGGAAUUGUAGAAGGUUUUCAAACUCAAUCUCCCACUGAAUCAACUGGACCAAACGAGAAUAAGGCUGUUGAAGAGGAAUAUUUUGACGCAUAUGUAACUGGAGUGGAGAAUGGUCUGGAGCCAAAUAUCACUGAGGAAACGGUGGAAAUCAAGGGGACAGUGGAUCCAGGUGCCAGUGAAUAUGAGUUUAAGGAGUAUGACCUUAAAGAAUAUGAUCUUAAAGAAACUGAAAAAAACUAUGAUGGGUACUAUGAUGAAUAUGAGACAGUACCUACUGUUGAUGAGAAGGAUACCUUUGGGCCAGGUGUUCCUGCAGAGACUGGCGUCACAGAAAGCAACGUAAAUGGCGGAGGGUAUUAUGGAGAAAAAGGAGAGAAAGGUGAACCAGCAGUCAUUGAGCCUGGAAUGCUUAUAGAAGGACCCCCAGGAUUAGAAGGCCCUGCUGGUCUUCCAGGCCCCCCAGGUCUACAAGGUCCUCCUGGCCCUUCCGGAGAUCCUGGUGAGAGGGGUCCUCCAGGCCGAGCCGGUCUCCCAGGUGCUGAUGGAUUACCUGGGCCUCCAGGUACCAUGCUGAUGUUGCCAUUCCGGUUUGGUGGGGAUGGUGAGAAAGGACCAGUUGUGUCGGCUCAGGAAGCUCAGGCUCAGGCUAUUCUUUCCCAGGCCAGGCUUGCCAUGAGAGGUCCUCCAGGUCCAAUGGGUCUCACAGGAAGGUCUGGUCCUGUGGGUCUUCCUGGGUCUCCUGGUCUCAAAGGUGACGGUGGUGAUCCUGGCCCUCAGGGCCCAAGGGGUGUUCAAGGUCCCCCAGGUCCAGUGGGAAAAUCUGGCAAGAGGGGCCGGGCGGGUGCUGAUGGAGCCAGAGGAAUGCCAGGUGAAUCAGGGUCCAAGGGAGACAGAGGUUUUGAUGGACUUCCAGGUCUGCCUGGAGAGAAGGGUCAUAGAGGAGAAACAGGUCCACCUGGCCCUCCUGGUUCUCCUGGUGAAGAUGGAGAAAGAGGUGACGAUGGAGAGAUUGGACCAAGGGGUCUUGCAGGAGAGAGUGGUCCAAGAGGAUUGCUCGGACCACGAGGGCCACCUGGUCCCCCUGGGCAGCCUGGUGUUGCAGGCGUGGAUGGCCCUUCAGGUCCAAAAGGAAACAUGGGACCUCAAGGUGAGCCGGGGCCUCCCGGACAGCAGGGCAUCACAGGCCCACAAGGUCUUCCUGGUCCUCAAGGCCCUAUUGGACCACCUGGUGAAAAAGGACCUCAAGGCAGAUCAGGUCUUCCUGGCUUGCCUGGCUCUGAUGGACCUCCAGGCCACCCAGGUAAAGAAGGACCACCAGGUGAAAAAGGUACCCAGGGACCGACUGGCCCUCAAGGCCCCAUUGGCUAUCCUGGCCCUCGUGGUGUAAAGGGGGCUGAUGGUGUACGUGGACUAAAGGGUGGCAAAGGUGAAAAGGGUGAAGAUGGGUUCCCUGGUUUCAAAGGAGAUAUGGGUCUCAAAGGAGACAGGGGUGAAGUUGGAUCAUUGGGACCCAGAGGUGAAGAUGGCCCUGAAGGUCCAAAAGGCCGAUCUGGUCCUAAUGGAGAGUCUGGUCCUAACGGUCCUGCAGGGGAAAAGGGGAAGCUUGGAGUUCCAGGGUUGCCCGGUUACCCAGGAAGACAAGGUCCUAAGGUAUGUGACAAAGCAAGCAUUUGGUAUUUUUGUAAUGAAAGUAAUAUCAUACAUUAUACUGAUAACUUUAUGAAUGUUUUCAAUGCCGCAAGGACUGAGAGUACAUUGGGAGAUCCAGGCCCACAAGGUCCUUCCGGAAAAGAUGGUCCUUCUGGUCUUCGAGGAUUCCCUGGAGAGAGAGGUCUUCCAGGAGCUUCGGGUCCAGCUGGUUUGAAGGGAGCAGAAGGUCCACAGGGUCCCCCUGGCCCAGUUGGUUCACCUGGUGAAAGAGGAGGUGAGAAAGGUCCACAAGGACCUGCCGGCAGAGAUGGUAUCCAAGGUCCAGUUGGUCUGCCUGGCCCUGCUGGACCUCAGGGUCCGCCUGGAGAAGAUGGGGAUAAAGUAAAACUUGAUCACAUACCCUUUUUCUUGUCUUGUUGGCAUAUAACACAAUGUGUUUACAUGGUAACAGACCAAGCUAAAGAAUUUGUUGUUGUUUUUUCUUGCCUACCCAAGGGUCCUCCAGGAGCUGCUGGUGCUGAAGGCAGACAAGGAGAAAAGGGGGCAAAGGGUGAAGCUGGUGCUGAGGGACCUCCAGGCAAAACUGGACCAGUUGGUCCACAAGGUCCUCCUGGAAAGCCUGGACCAGAGGGUCUCCGUGGUAUUCCAGGCCCUGUAGGUGAACAAGGCCUCCCAGGUGCUUCCGGACAAGAUGGCCCUCCAGGACCUAUGGGACCACCUGGUCUUCCUGGCUUGAAAGGUGACCCUGGCACUAAAGGUGAAAAGGGUCACCCGGGUCUGAUUGGUUUAAUUGGGCCUCCUGGUGAGCAAGGAGAAAAGGGAGAUAGAGGAUUGCCUGGCCCUGAAGGUUCUCCUGGUUCCAAGGGUGAUUCAGGUAUCGGUGGCCCUGCUGGCUCUCUUGGCCCUCCUGGUCCUCCUGGUCUGCCUGGUCCCCAAGGUCCAAAGGGUGCCAAAGGUUCUAGUGGUCCUGCUGGACAGAAGGGUGACACAGGUCUGAUAGGUCCCCCUGGUCCCCCUGGUCCCCCUGGUGAGAUUAUCCAGCCUCUACCAGUCCAGUCUGCAAAGAAGACCAGAAGGUCUUCCGAAGAUGCGCAGGCUGACGAAGCUGGUAACAUCCUUGAUUACUCUGAUGACAUGGAGGAGAUCUUUGGCUCGCUCAAUAAUCUUAAACAGGACAUUGAGCGCAUGAAAUACCCCAUGGGAACACAGAACAACCCAGCAAGAACAUGCAAAGACCUGCAGCUUUGCCAUCCCGAGUUUUCAGAUGGUGAAUACUGGAUUGAUCCUAACCAGGGCUGCUCUGGCGAUUCAUUCAAAGUGUACUGCAACUUUACUGCUGGUGGCGAGACCUGUAUCUACCCAGACAAGAAGUCUGUGGGAGUUAGGCUAUCUUCUUGGGCCAAGGAGUCUCCCGGAACAUGGUUCAGUGAAUUUAAGCGUGGUCAGAUACUCUCAUAUGUGGACCUUGAAGGCAGUCAAAUAAACAUGGUUCAGAUGACAUUCCUGAAACUACUGAGUGCCUCAGCCAGACAGAAUUUCACUUACAAUUGUCAACAGUCUGUGGCCUGGCACGAUGUGACAACUGACAGCUAUGACAAGGCUCUCAGGUUCCUUGGAUCAAAUGAUGAGGAGAUGUCUAGUGACAACAACGUAUACAUCAAAGCCCUCUAUGACGGUUGUGCAAUGAGGAAAGGCAUUGAAAAGACUGUAUUGGAGAUCAACACUCCGAAAAUUGAUCAGGUGCCAAUCAUUGACGUGAUGUUCAAUGACUUUGGGGAUCCAAACCAGAAAUUUGGAUUUGAAGUUGGUUCUGUCUGUUUCCUUGGUUAAACUCUGGGCAAAGGGCAGAUCAACAAGCAAGCUAUGACCUGGUACCACCAUCCCACUUCAUGCCACAUGCAAGUUUUGAAUAAGAACGGUGUAGAGAAUAUGUUUUGCCGUGUAUGUAUGUAUUAUCUAGAAAAUACUUGUUGCCCUUGUAGGGCCAGAAUCACAUGACUUAAACCUGUUAUGGAAAAUCGAGAAGGACAUUUGAUGCCGUGACAGAGAAUGGUGCACAGGCAACAACAUAAGGGGGUAUGCUGUGCAGUGAAGUGACCUCCUUUCUGGAUUCCUUUGGUGCUGUACAAGAUGACCACAAUGGUGCUCAUUCAAAUCCAACAAUGAGGUGCUAAGAAGGUGUAUUUUAAUAAACUGUAAUUAUGCUUUUGUACAAUACUGUUAUUUCCGAAUCCACUUUCAAAACUUGCAUGUGUGUCUGCCUCGCAUCUGGCUCUUAAUUUUAAAGUUCGUUAUGAAAAAUAUAUAAGUUAAAAAAUAAUAUGUUGUCAAUGAAUACUGUGUAACUGAUAUGAAGCAAAUAAAAUGAGCAUUUUCAGUCAAACAAUUCCCCAUUUCGAAUUACAAUGUAUUCCCAUUGUAUAUAUUGACCAUAAAAAGAGCUCCAGAAAGUCGUCUUCAAGACCUCAGGUGACACAACUGGAAAGCCUUCACCUGCACACUCAAAGCAACUUCUUCACUAACAUUGUUUCUUGUGCUUCUUUUAAGCAUUCAAGGCAUUCAUUUUUUAUUUUCAAUUUUUGGUGCUAUACCUCAAACUUUCUAGAUAAUCAUGAAAAUUCAAGGCUGUUAUACGCUGUAUAUACCUUGGUUAAACAAUUAAGUUUAUAUAUUUGGGGUGGGGAUUUUUUCAGAGAAUAAGGGUGCUUAUUUGUUAGACAUCUCUUGUUCAGAUAUUUUGUGAAUGCAAUAAAUAGCCUUCUAGGAAACCCAUUUUUGUAUCUAAAAUAAAACUGUUUUAAUGUGCUUUUCUUGGUUCAUUUAAAAUAUUAAAACUGGAUUCUAAACAACAAAACA